UAGUAUCUGAUUGUAAAUUUGAAUGUUAGUGUUUGUAAUAGACUUGUAUUGGUCAUCACGUAAAAUAGGGAUCAAUGAAAUUUCGUCUUGAUGUAGAGCCCUGGCCAGCACACGAAUUCAGUGAUAUGGCAUACCAACAGCCUUUCCUAUUAAGACCGGCUGAUUUUAGCUACCGUUCAGCUCAGCCACAGUCGGCUUAUUUGUCAGCUUUGGCAGCAUUCGGACCCAUGUCUGGACUGUUCGGUAAAAUGCCCUCACAAUUGCCAGCGCCUCUGUCAGCGGGCGGUUCGCCCUUCAUUACAGCUGAGGACGUGUUGGCGUCGCACUCACUCGGAGGCGGCCCUCAAGUGAGACCCUUCGAACCUGAAGAUGACGGCAUUGAAGACGACCCUAAAGUCAUUCUUGAAUCCAAAGAUCUUUGGGAAAAAUUUCAUGCAUUGGGCACUGAAAUGGUUAUCACUAAAUCUGGAAGACGAAUGUUUCCCUCAUUUCGUAUACGUGUUUCGGGUUUGGAUAAAAAGGCCAAAUAUAUAAUGCUUAUGGAUAUAGUGGCCGCCGAUGACUGCAGAUAUAAGUUUCACAAUUCGCGUUGGGUUAUGGCCGGUAAGGCUGAUCCCGAAAUGCCUAAGCGAAUGUAUAUACAUCCAGAUUCUCCAUCAACUGGUGAACAAUGGAUGCAAAAAGUGGUCUCAUUUCAUAAACUGAAACUAACAAACAAUAUCGCAGAUAAACACGGAUUUCAGACAAUAUUGAAUUCGAUGCACAAAUAUCAGCCCCGUUUCCAUCUAGUCAGAGCUAAUGACCUCUUAAAACUACCCUACAGUACAUUCAGGACAUAUGUCUUCAAAGAGACUGAAUUUAUUGCAGUCACUGCAUAUCAAAAUGAAAAGAUAACGAGAUUAAAAAUAGAUAACAAUCCAUUUGCUAAGGGCUUCCGUGAAACCGGAGCCGGAAAAAGGGAAAAGAAGCAAUUAGUGAUUGGUAUGAAUAAUAGUCGAUCUCUUAAUUAUGACAACGACAACGACUUGAAAAAUAUGACUUCAGGAAUGUUAGACAAACUUAAAGAUAAUGACAAAGACUUUUCCGACGACGACGACGAAAGAGUCGAUAUCGAUGACGACUCUCCUCUUCCCAGAAAAACUCCCGACCGCUCAUCGGAUCGGUCCGACAAAGCAGAAGGUACAGUCGUUCAAAACAAAGAAGAAAAAGUGACAGAGUUUGGAGCCAACAAUUGCAAUGAUAUUAAUAGCGAUCACUCAUCGGAUAUGAAUUAUACGAAUGGACUGAACAAUAAGCUGAUGUAUGGUUUUCCCUCUGGUAUACCCCGCUUAUAUGGCGCACCGGGAGCUUUAUUUCACGGAACUAAUACAUCCGCCGAAGAGGCCGCCGCAAUGGCGCGACUGACUGCUGGUUUAGGAGCUAUGCCUCCAUUUCUGUCUUCAUACUACCAGCGCUCAGACGCCGCGUGCAACGGCACACUUGGUUGCGGACCAUCAACACUACCGCUUCCUUUCUUUCCCAAUGCGCUUGGCUUUCAUCCAUUAGAUCUGAGAGUUCCGAUGCCAGGCCUACCAUUUGGCAACUUUGAGCUUAAAGGCUUUGAUACGAGGAGUUUCCUCAACGCUUAUAUACAACACGGCAGUGAUCUUACCAACAAUCGGACUGACACUUCACCUCAACUCAUACCGCAACUCAAUAACAGCAAACCUAAUUCAGUGCUUUCCACAUGUGAAUCACCUCCAACUAACUGUGCCAACAGAGUGUCACCAAUUGAUAGGACAGUUCAAGACAAUCGCGACACAUUGGCUGCUCUGAAUAAUGUCGUUAAAUCUGUAAAUAGUGAUUACAAGUGAUCACACAACCGGUCGCAUCUAUGGUCACAAUGGGCUAACAUUUUCUAAUAGAGGGUCUUAUGCCACCCUCUCAAUCAUCCAAAUGGCAAAUCUCCUC